AUGCCCGUGGCAUUCACAAGCAAAUCGUUUAAGCAGGAUACGCAUGAGGCUGCCCUCCAUCGAUUGGCUGUUCCUUCUCGAACCUCCAACAUCCAACCUACCUCCGACCUCCAACCUGAGGCUUCCCUGAGAUUGGCCCUCACCUGGUCCCGUCACAACCACAAUCUGGACUUGGAUACCAGACAGAACCUUUUUUCGAACAACACCAGCAUACGAUUUGUAAUUCUUGCUUACCUCUUCGCUUCUCAAGAGUCUAUCAUGUCGUCCAUCCAUAUCGACCGCUUCCUCGCGGCCGGAUGCAUCGUUAUCGACGAAGCCGAAAGCGGCAUCUCCCCAGCCCUUUGGUCCGUCCCUCUGCUUCACACCUGGCACAGCAUCGAUGUUCCCGCCUCUAAAGGCAAGCCGAAAUACAAUCCAUCGAUUGGACCUAUUCAUGUCGCCGGCUCCGACCCGCCUCUCCAUCCCAGUAUUCAGGAUGCCCUCCUGGAAUCUUCUAUUCUGUCCCCAUUCCUAAGUCUCCUAGGCUCAAAAUGGGUCCACACGACGUUCAGAGUUACAGCUGAGCUUCCCGCCAGAGGUAUUGUUCGUGUCUACAUACUUCCAGACGACGUCGAAAAUCGCCUGCUCCCCCGAUUUGAUAAACGUCUACAACAACUUAGGACCAGGCUCUUCCAGCUCCUUGACCGCUCUUCCUGCACUUGGAAUGGGCAUGUCAGGUCCCAAGAAGUUGAGAACGAUGGGAAUGACAAGGAGCAAAGCCUGACCGGAAAACCGCAGUCGCUCCUGCAAAUGUUCAAUACUCUCCCGGCCCCGGAUCCCAAGCCGAAUCAAGUGCAGGACCCUGAUAGACGCGCUAGCAUGUACGACUUGCUUGACAACAAGGUAUCGGGCCUGAAGACGACGCUACAUCCGUUCCAGUGUCGGUCCGCAGCCUUCAUGGCACAACGAGAGUCGCAGACAGAGCCAAUUCCGGAUCCUCGACUGCCAAAGCGUUAUGUCGAUCAUCUAGGAAAGACGUACUACGUGGACCCCAUCGCCGAAACCAUCGUCGUUGACCCGGCCUAUUAUGACAGCGUCUGUGGAGGUAUCCUAGCUGAAGAAAUGGGAGCUGGAAAGACGCUCAUUUGCCUGGCUCUCAUCCUAGCGACGAAGCAUAUCCCCACCUCUGUUCCAGAGUUGUACCGUGGAGCAGAUCCCAUUGUGCGGCCCAAAGUCGGAAGCUUGAUGGAUAUGGCGGCGGCCGUGGUCACGAGAAGCGGAGCGCCUUGGAAGGACAUCUUCGGCUUUGACAGCCAAGAAAAUGAUGGUUUCCAGUAUAAUUCGGUCAUGAAUGCCAUCCAGCGAAACCCCGGCUGGUACCGCCUACCUCAGCCCGUUUCACCACGGCCCACCCGCCGGAACACGACAGAGACCCGCGGUGAGAUGAUUUACCUUUCCCAUACGUCUCUUAUAAUUGUGCCGCCAAACCUUGUUACUCAUUGGGAACAAGAGAUCGAGAAGCACACCAGCGGUCUCCGAGUGCUAUUGCAGACAAAGACUUUGUGUCUCCCUGCUGCUGAAGAUCUGAGAGAGUAUGACAUAGUUCUCUUCUCCAGGAGCGUCUUCGACAGCAUUCAUUCCAACCAAGCAAAGAAUAAGUCUUCACGGAGCCGCCAAAGCAAUCCAUUGGCAAGUGUACAUUUCAAGCGUUGCAUUGUCGACGAGGGCCAUGUGCUCGGAAACUCAACUUCGGGCGGCGUCAACUCCACGCCGAAGACUAAUAUACAGCUUGUUAUAAAUGGUUUGCAUGUAGAUGCUAAAUGGGUUGUUACCGGCACACCUUCCAAAGGCCUUUAUGGUCUCGAGCAUGGAGUCCGAGGCAGUCUGGAGCAGAAUCAUCAGGUUUCCACAGAUCUAGAGCUUAAGGAUCUCAAAGCAAUCGGUGUCAUGGCUACUGUCUUCUUGAAAGCACAACCCUGGGCUAACACGCUUGGCGAUACCCAGUCUCUGGGAGUAGCCGGAGCGACGAGGGACAAAGUUCUCUGGGCGGACUAUAUCGUCAAACCCUGGCCUUCACUGGAUCGCCAGGAUGACUGCCUGAGAGCAACUCUUGGAUCUCUGAUUGUCCGACACCCCAAGCUCGAGAUUGUCCCUUUCCUGCCUUCUGUCGAGGAGAGGACUGUCUAUCUUGAUGGGUCGUACCAAGACAUCCUUUCCCUCAAUCUCUUCUCGAUGUAUAUCAUCUUCAAUUCCGUACAGUCGGAGAGGACCGACGAGGAUUACUUCUUCCACAAGAGCCAGAGGAACCAUCUGGCAAAUUUGGUCAAAAACCUCAGACAAGCCAGCUUCUUCGGCGGCCAAUUCUUUUGUAGGUCGGACAUUCUCCAGGCCAUUGACAGAGCGGAACGAUUCCUCGACGAGGGCGCGGUAGACAUCACCGCAGAGGACGACGCUUUGCUACGGACCGCAAUUGAGUUUGGUCGAAUUGCGGUUAGUAAUACCGUCAAGAAUUCCGCCCACUGUUUCGCCCAGGUUCCUGUAUUCGUUGAAAACUUUCCUUUCGGCGCCGGUGAACAUUGGUCUCUCGACUCACGCGGCGGAGACCCCGUCUGCACAAUGGCACCCCUCCUUCUUCGCCUUCAGGAGCGCCUAAAGCCCUUCAUCAAAUCUCCCAAAACGCUAGAUAUGUUGUCCACGGUAGGGGACAUUGCUAUGUGGGGAGAGCAUGAUCGGCAAAAGGCAUUGGUGCCCAACUCCAACUGGGAAAGAUAUGGGCGCACCGAAACUGAUUCAGAUGUGCAGAAGAAAAAUCUCCGGGUGAUCAAAUCUCUCAUGGGAGAAACAAAGCCUGCACAAGAACAAGAUUCCACAGCCGGCUCGUCGGCCUCGGAAGCUGCUGCACCCCUCGCAAAAACCAGGUUGAUCUCGACCGCCUCAGCCAAGCUUUCCUACCUCGUCGACCAGAUCAUCCAGCACCAAGAAGCCGAGCAGAUCCUGGUCUUCUACGAAAAUGACAACGUAGCCUACUACCUCGCCGAGGUGCUCGAAGUUCUUGGGAUCCAGCAUCUCAUCUACGCCAAGGGCAUCACCAGCGAGCGCAAGAACCAGUACCUGGCCACCUUCACGCUGAAGCCCAAGUUCCGCGUUAUGCUCAUGGACAUCAGCCAGGCGGCCUACGGCCUGGACAUGAAGACGGCUUCCCGCAUCUACUUCAUCAACCCGGUGCUGAACCCGCAGGUUGGGGCCCAGGCCAUCGGCCGAGCGCGCAGAAUCAGCCAGCAGAAGCCGGUCACGGUCGAGACGCUGGUGCUGCGCGGCAGCAUCGACGAGGUGAUUAUUCGACGGCGCGAGGAGAUGUCGCCUGCCGAGCAGAGGAAGUGCAGCCGGGGUUCGAUUUUGGAUGACCGGCCGAUCUAUAACUGGAUCUUGAACGCGAAGAUUCUACCGCUUCCGGAGAGCGUUGAUAAGGAUGACGGACCGGCGCAGAUGGCCAAGUUGGCGGAACCGCAGAAUAUCUUUGGAAGGGCCACUCGCGAACAUCCGGAACAGGAUCUUGUGAUGCGCGGCUUGGGCAGCGAGGCCCUAAGGGCCGUGAUUGCGAGGAGAAAUUUUGGGAGGGAUAAUGAAGUAACCACCUCGGGUCAGUUUACAGCAGUAGCUUCCGGUUCCAACAAGAGGACGUACCAGGACGAUGAUGGCGUUAUACAUCCAGCUACCUCAAUGGAGGAAGAUGGAGAUGUGCACAUGAUGGAUGCGCAGCAAAGAGCGGAGCCAGAUUCAGCGGAAGACGAUUCUUCUCCUGUGACUAAGCGUCCUCGUGUCCGAUUUGCAGACACCGAUGAGAAUUGAGUCGGCCGCCGUGGUAAGGCUAGAAUCGAGUCUGGCCAUUCAUUUUCGGAUGAAGAACGAACUACCGGAAAGUUCCCAUCAGGCCACACCCCCUUCCCCAUGUACUGGACAGUGGACGAUGCAAUCAACGAAAAGCCCGUGUUGGCCAACAUGGCCUCGAUGAGACUCCCUUUAUGAACGAACCCCUUCUCCCCCUGAUCCACGAAAGGCUGGAUCCCUUCACUGACAAGCGCAAUCAUUAGCCAGGAUUCGGGAAUUUCUUGUACGACUUUAUAAACAAGCUGAAAAUAUCGAACGCUGGAUACCCUCGCCUUUGUGGAAUUCUGGGCAGCGUUUCUUCUUUAGCUCGGGCGAUGCCCAUCGCCUUUUUAGAACUUCUGGACAGCAUGUUGCUUCUUUAUGUACUAGGCUUGA